GCUCGGGCUCCGGCUCCCGGGUAUUUAAAGGGGACGCGGCGGCGGCCCGGGGGGAUGGGGGGCAGGUGGAGGGGACGGCCCAGACGCACAUCAUCCACGGCCCCUCGGGACUGGAGGGACUCGUGAGCCGGAGCCCAGAAAUCCGGGGGUGGAUAAGACACCGCGUCCCCUCCAAUUCCCGUAAGCACCCCUUGCCCAUCCUGCGCCCAAAUACCUCAGCUAGCCCCUCUCCCCCACUCUUUACGCUCCAAACUAAGCCGGGACAGACCUCUGCCGCCGCCGCUCCCCACGUGAGUCCUGGGCUCCCCGAGCCAUCUGGAGAAGCUCAGGGAUCCUGUCCGCCUUUUCUCUAAGGGACUCUUUCUGGUGACCACAAAAGGAUUUGGUCACUUAGGACAAAGCUGCCAGAGGAGCUCUGGACGACGGCUGGAGGCCGACAGAGUCCCGCCACGUGGUGCCCAGGGUGAUGCACUGACAAUGAGCGGGUGUUUUCCAGUUGCUGGCCUCCGAUGCCUGUCUAGGGUAUGUCGAGGCCUGGCGCGGGAAGCUCCUACCUCCCCAAGCCCCACUGCUUCUGCUGCCCGCUUCCUUCGGACUCUGGCAGAAACCCCACCCGCUGACGUGUUCCUUCCAGGGAAUUGGUCUUGGAUGUGCCAGCGCCUCUGGCCGUGGCCGGCUAACCAGCCUCUCCCCGGCCGGCUCGCGCCGCGCCCCCUCUCGCUUGCCCCCUCCUCUUCCUCCUCCUGCUCCUCUCCCCCCUGCUCCCAGGACGGCGGGAUGGCCGGGCAGGGCGCACCGCGCUUCCUCCUGACCUUCGACUUUGACGAGACGAUCGUGGACGAAAACAGCGACGACUCGAUCGUGCGCGCCGCGCCGGGCCAGCAGCUGCCUGAGAGCCUGCGGGCCACCUACCGCGAGGGCUUCUACAACGAGUACAUGCAGCGCGUCUUCCAUUACCUGGGCGAGCAGGGCGUGCGGCCGCGGGACCUGCGCGCCGUCUACGAGGCCAUCCCCCUGUCGCCCGGCAUGAGCGACCUGCUGCAGUUUGUGGCCAAGCAGGGCUCCUGCUUCGAGGUGAUCCUUAUCUCGGAUGCCAACACCUUCGGAGUGGAGAGCGUGCUGCGCGCCGCGGGCCACCACGGCCUGUUCCGCCGCAUCCUCAGCAACCCGUCGGGGCCCGACGCGCGGGGGCUGCUGGCGCUGCGGCCCUUCCACACGCACAGCUGCGCGCGCUGCCCCGCCAACAUGUGCAAGCACAAGGUGCUCAGCGACUACCUGCGCGAGCGGGCCCACGACGGCGUGCACUUCGAGCGCCUGUUCUACGUGGGCGACGGCGCCAACGACUUCUGCCCCAUGGGGCUGCUGGCGGGCGGCGACGUGGCCUUCCCGCGCCGCGGCUAUCCCAUGCACCGCCUUAUCCAGGAGGCGCAGAAGGCCGAGCCCAGCUCUUUCCGCGCCAGCGUGGUGCCCUGGGAAACGGCCACCGACGUGCUCCUCCAUCUGCAACAGGUGCUGAAGACGUGCUGAGGACCGCGGCCUGCAGGGGGCGCCCGGGCGGAGGAGGGGGCGGGGUGGGGGGAGAUCGGGAAAGACAAACCUAGUUUUAUUACUCCUUUUUCCCUUUCGCUUUGGUAUGUCCCUCCGGGAAUUCCGGGCUCGUCCAUGGGGGC